AUGACCCUAUCCAAACCACCAAUAUCGUCCGUCCCCGUCGUGUGCGUCGUAGCGUGUCUCAUGCCCGAACUGGGCAUCGGUUGCAACGGCGCGCUACCCUGGCGCCUGCCCCGCGAGAUGGCUAACUUCAAGCGCAUCACCUCUGCCACUUUCGCUCCUGGAAACAGAAACGCAGUCGUUAUGGGACGCAAGACCUGGCAGUCCAUUCCUCCCAAGUUUCGCCCACUACCUGGCCGGGCCAAUGUCGUAGUGUCACGCCAAUUUCCUCACGCGCUCGCAGCUCAGGACUCAGAUGCCGCUCUCUUUCACAGUAACUCGCUCACACGCUGCUUAGAACUGCUUCCGCAGCAAGUACCGGACCUCGAGCGCAUCUACGUGAUCGGUGGUGGUGAAGUCUACGCCCAAAGUUACACGCUAUGCGACGCAAUGCUCAUCACCGAGAUCGAACCAGAGCACCCUGAGUCGCGGCCACCAAUGGACACCUUUCUCGACGUAGACACCGUCCACACUCAUUUUGAGCGCGCCCAGAACAUAGACGGAUUCCUACCACCGGCCGUACACCUACCUACAGACGACUACUUGUCCGAGAACGGCUACCGCUACAAAUAUGCCCUCUACAAGCGCCCAACGGCAACCAUGCCCAACAAUAAAGCACUGUAG